CAACGUAGUUGCUCCCACCACCCAUUUGCCCGAGUCUGGUUUUUCUAGGGCACAGCGUCCUUAUUUGUAGGGUAUCCUACCAGCUCUUUCCUUGCUCUCUCCAUCGAUCUCGACGAUGUUGCCUUUCCAGACCAUGCAAGAAGCCGAGCAGGCCCUUGGCCGGAGUCUAACGUACGCAGAGAGCCUAUGGUUCCGGUACUCAGCCCGAAUUCCAGACUACUGGCUCUACUGCCACAACAUCCUCUUCCUCUUCCUGAUAUUCUCUCUCAUCCCUCUUCCCCUCGCUUUCAUGGAGCUCAAACGCUCCAAAUCCCUCAAGAAAUACAAGCUCCAGCCCAAAGUCCUCCUUCCUUCCCAAACCGUCCUUCAAUGCUACAAAGAUGUCAUGCGGGUUUUCAUCUUCGUCAUCGGCCCGCUCCAGCUCGCUUCUUACCCCACCAUCAAGUUGGUUGGAAUUCGAACGGGAUUGCCGCUGCCAUCGGGAUGGGAGAUUUUCUUCCAGCUUCUGGUGUAUUUCUUGAUUGAAGACUACGGGAACUACUGGAUUCAUCGGCUGCUACACUGCAAGUGGGGGUACGAGAAGAUCCAUCGGGUCCACCAUGAGUUCACGGCUCCGAUUGGGUUCGCCGCGCCCUACGCGCACUGGGCUGAGGUCCUGAUCCUUGGGAUCCCGUCUUUCGUUGGGCCUGCGCUUGUUCCGGGCCACAUGAUCACUUUCUGGCUGUGGAUCGCCCUUCGGCAGAUCGAGGCUAUUGAGACGCACAGCGGUUACGACUUCCCUCAAAGCCCAACAAAAUAUAUUCCGUUCUAUGGAGGCGCGGAAUACCAUGAUUACCAUCAUUAUGUUGGAGGACAAAGCCAAAGCAACUUCGCGUCUGUGUUUACUUACUGCGAUUACAUAUAUGGAACCGACAAGGGCUAUCGAUACCAGAAGGAGCACCUCGCAAAGAUGAGAGAGCAAUGGAGACGAGGUGAACAAAAUGGCCAAUCUUACCAUGCUCUGCCAGCCGAUGAAGAUAAGUCGGAGUAAGCAUGAUCUUCAAGACUCAACUCACCAAAAUUUCUGUUGUUGGUUUGCUUCAUAGCUGCGUGCAUGGAUUCCCAACACUCAGGUUGCAAAGUUGAUAUCGUCUGCUGUUUGUAUGAUUUGCUUCCUGUAGCAAGGCUGAUCUUUUUUUUCUUCUUCUUCUUUCCCCCAUCGCCCCUCUUUUUCUUUUAUAUUAAAAUAACAUGAGUGCUUUGCCAUUGCUUGUUUAGGUCUUCUAAGAAAGU